AUGGCUCCCGUAGCAAAGAAAGGUGCCGCCGCCAAGGGUGGUAACAAGAAGGCCAAUGCCGCUGCUAAGGCUACCUUGAAGGGUGUUCACUCCCACAAGGUCCGCAAGGUCCGUCUCUCGACCACCUUCCACAGACCUAAGACCCUCCAACUCUCCCGUGCACCAAAGUACCCACGUACUUCCAUCGUUUCCCAACCCCGUCUCGAUGAGCACAAGGUCAUCAUCCACCCAUUGAACACUGAGAGCGCCAUGAAGAAGAUCGAGGAGAACAACACCCUCGUUUUCAUUGUCGACAUCAAGGCCAACAAGGCUCAAAUCAAGGAGGCCUUGAAGAAGCUUUACGAUAUUGACACCGUCAAGAUCAACACCCUCAUCAGACCUGAUGGAUCCAAGAAGGCCUUCGCCCGUCUUACUGCUGAUGUUGAUGCUCUUGACAUUGCUGCCACCAAGCUCGCCAUUGUCUAAAUUAUCAAAACUGGGAGUGGAAUUAGGAAUCUGGAUUUGAGGGAAACAAAAAGUUUUAUGGUUGAGGAAAACAACCAGCUUUUUCUACGAUUGGUCGAUACCCACAUCCAUUUAGCAUAAUGAGAUGAUUUUCAAAAUGUGUAUACCAAUGCAGUAUUACCCUGUCAAUGACAAUUCUUGAUACACUUGAA